GGCAUCGAUCGUUCACGGCGAUUGUCUGGUCUUGGAGCUGGGUCACGUCGCCAACGGGGCGAAGGAGACCGGGACAGAUGGCUAGUCUGCCGGAUCCCCUUCGGCGUCGGCUGGCGAGACGAGUUUCCUCGCCUCUGUGGCGGGACAUACCUAGGAUCAUCCUCCGAAUCGCGGACUGCGAAAGCAGUUUCGACCGUUCGGGAUCCGAUCCCGGUCGUCCUACCUCGGGUUUCAUCAGCAUGAUCUAGGGGGGUCGAACCCCGUCCAUCACGCAGUCUACUCCCAUGGUUCGAACGCGUCUGCGUGGCCCCAUCGUCAACGUAGCCCGCCCCCUCUGGACGCACUCUACCAUCAACGACAAGUUCAGGAUCAGGUGCAUCUCCAUGCUCCAUCAUUUCCCGUUGACCACCUCGAUCCACGCCAUCAGCUGGAGAGGCUGAGACGCGUGGUGAGUU